AUGUAUGACUCGGGAAAGCAGACCGACAUUCCUCGGGAUUAUGUAUCAAAUCUGGAAGAGCAGAUUGCAGAACUCACCCAGGAAGUCCAAGCCCUGCGAGAAGAGCGCAACACACAGGGUGACCUGCGGAAUGGGAACGGUGCUGGCGGCAUUACAACAACAGCAGCUUCUUCUCACUCAGCAGCAGCUCACCACGAGCGAGCGGCAAACGUCGAUUCUGAAGCAGCAGCAGUAGCCGCAGCAGAGAGACCACCUUCAUUGGCUGCUGAUGAGACUUCGCCUCUUCUCCAAGAUUUGGUCACCAAAGUCAGAAACGUAGUCACUGAGCCCUUCAUUCAGCAGCCGCGGUUUCUGGGACAGAGCAGCGGCAUCUCCUUUGCAAAGAUGGUCAUGGCCGCCAUUCACGUUGAUGACAGGCUAUCGUCACCAAUUCUUAGUGUUCCAAGGCAACAGUCGCCAUCCCAUGAAGCCUCUCUAGCCGGGUUCGCCGCGGCCCCGGCAAAAGCCUCAAUGCCACCACGCCAUGUUGCCGAUCACCUUGUCGAGGUUUACUUCCAAUACCGCACGCCUCAUCUGCCCCUCAUUGGUCGUUCGCAGGUGAGCAAAGCCAUCAACAGUGCAUACGCAUAUCGUGGCUCUCCCAGCGGAACGGGAAGGACGAAUGCUGAAGUACGAGGAGUACCUCCGGAGAGGGACAUGUUCAUCACGUACAUGGUCUUCGCCAUCGGUCUCGCCGGUGUUCCUCACACGUCGGGAAGUCGCCCGAGUCAAAGUGACGGGUGUUUCCGUUCGGCACUGGGCUGGGUGGAAAAGGUUUUGACCUACUCCAAGAGCGACUUGGAGACUUUGCGGAUCGUGCUUCUCCUGGCUCAAUUUGUCGCCCUGUCACCUUCUCGGGGCAGCCUCUGGCACCUGACAGGCUUCGCUCUGCGGCUCUGCAUCGACGUGGGCCUUCACUGGGAGACCGAGUUGCAAUGCCUCAACAUGGAUCCGGAAGUGCUGGACGACCGCAGGCGACUGUGGCAUUCUACCUACCAUCUAGACCGCCUGCUGUGCAUCACCCUCGGACGUCCGUUUGGCAUUCUCGACGAAAGCACGCGCGUCCAGCUUCCGAAUCCAUGGACAGGAUAUCGUCAUCAAGGUCUGAGUGGACAAACCACCAACGAAUUCGACAUUCACACUCAGCGAGCUCACAACCACUUAUUUACCCUGGCCAGACUCGAAUCGGAAAUAAGACACGUCCAACACGGCCAAGUAUGGUCCCUGAGACUGGCCUACCCUCGGCCCAGCUGGACGGCCUGGCUGCAGGACAUUCAGCCGCGCCUGCAAGAGUGGAAGGCGACGAUUCCCGAUCCGGAAAGAGCACAUCCGUCGUCAAUCUUCGCCUCCCGCUCCUACUGGGACGUGAUCUAUCAUAACACCAUCUUGCUGCUCUAUCGUCCGCAGCACGCAGGGACCAUGAACCAAUCAGCACAAGAGCUACUCAUCACAUUCGAAGCUUCGUGCAAAGUCAUUGCCGGCCUUAAGGUCUUACAACAUGAGGGAAGACUCGAGAUGUUGUGGAAAUCUGUGCACCAGCUCUUCAUGGCCGGUCUAGGAGUAAUCAACGCGCUCUGGCACUCCGAGGAAAUACGGGAAUCAAAUCCCGUGGGCAAGAGUAUUUCCACCCUUCAGUCCUGCGCAUCGACGCUGUCGGCCAUGUCAGAGACCUUCCCUGGAGCCGCGGGAUGUCGAAACGCCUUCGACACGCUGUCUUCGGCGACGAUCGAUUGGUUGGUCACCAGGGAUAUUGAAGACUUCCACCAAAACCGGCUAGAGUUCGAAAACCAUGUCAGAGACUUGAUGAAGCAAUUGCAGUUGCCCCGUUAUGACGGCAUGACAGCGACGACCACUACCGCCACCACCACGACGCAGAAUGCCCAAAACAAUCAUGACAGGGUCGCGGCGAAUAAUAUGUCAGCUGUGCUGUCCACCGAAGGUAACUUUGACCUCGGAGAAUUGCUCAACACGGCUGCACAGUGGCCCGAUAUGGGCGAGCUCGGCUUCAUCAUGGGUGAGCAGCAAGGGGGCGCCACCAUAAGCAUGGAUAAUCCGGUACCCUUUGAAUCGAAUGUGGCUGGCGGUGACAUAGAACAACCGUUUUGGUAG